GCUGCUUUAAGGCUUUACCAACACCACUAAAUGCUGUUUAAGAAUACGCGUUCCAUUUCGCUUCGUAGAUGCUUUGUCAACAAUAAAAAAAUCUUGAAAUUUACCAUUAAAAGCAUAUUGGGACGCUUCUUUUAGAACGCUACUGCGACUUUAUCAUUCAUCAAAAAUGGCGGCAAUGACAGAUGUUACAGACCCUACCUCCGUUGCUAUGGAGUUGGGUAGUGAAAAGAUCACAAUUUUGCCUGGUCAUUCUGCAGACUUUACUUCUGUCACGUUCCAAAUUCUUAAAGAAGAUCAUACUUUGGGAAACUCUCUUCGCUAUAUGAUUAUGAAAAACCCCGAGGUUGAAUUUUGUGGGUACUCCAUCCCUCAUCCCUCAGAAGCCAAGAUGAAUCUUCGAAUCCAGACAAUUCCAAGUACAACAGCAAUUGAAGCACUAAAGAAAGGAUUAGAUGAUUUAAUGGAUCUUUGCGACGUUGUUACAGACUCUUUCAAUAAGGAACUCCAGGAUAGUAAUCAAUCUAUGCAGAUUGAUGCUUGAUUUGGCUGUGAACAACAAGCUCAUGCGUUUCCUUUUGGAUGCUGUUAAUUUAAAAUGCAUACAGCGUUUCAAGCGUUUGUGUUAUGUUCCCUAAUUGGAACGGUCAUUUACUUUUCUUGACAUAUAUAAUUAUGGGAUUUCGGUUGAAAGCGGCUAUUUAGGGAAUAUUGUAAUUUCAUUUUCAUUGAAGUUUAUAAACUGUGAAUAUUAAAAAUUAUUCUCUUACACGU